AUGGAUUUCACCACCAAGAAUACAGCUUCUGGAGAUGCUCGCCGCACACGGGGUUCCACUUCGUCAUCGCCAAGAAACACCCGCAAGCAUGAUGUCGAGUCCGACAACAACGAUGAGCAGCACACCACCAAGCGUACCAGACGCGAGGAGGCCCCGGCCACUCCUUCCAAAAAGUCAGCCAACCAUCCCCAACGAAAAAGCGAAGGUAAAUCUAAGCCAAUCUUGUUUACAACUUCGCGCGUCGCAGGCUCCACUGGUAAUAUCUCUGCUGGUCCAUCUGAUGGCCCUCGCGGUCAUGAUUCUCCUUCCCCUGCUACUAAUGAUCACCACAUGGUUGACCCAGUCACCCAGGAUACCACAUCCACAGCUUCUCAGGAUAUUUUGAAGAAGCAAGAUCAUGAACGUCUCAAACAACUUCUUCAUCAGAAAGAUGAAGAAAUCAUGAGAUUAAAAAUCAAGCUUGAGGUCAGAGAAGAACUUGACGGCGAGGAUGCUGCUCGUGAGUUGAAGCUAAAAGAUACAAUUGAGAAGUACCGUUCAGACGCCGAAUACUGGAAAGAAAGGAGUUCUGGCGGUCUUGAAAGCUAUCAUAUUUUGCAAGAGAAACACGAAAUUCUUGAAGUCAAGCUUGAGACAGUUACGACUGAGCUACAGGUGAAAAAUAAAACCCUCGAAGCCGAACACGAAGCAGUCAAGGCUGAGCUUGAAGGGCAAUGUACUGUUGUGGCAAUACAGGAAACAGAGCUGGCUGAAUUACAAGAGAAAUACGAUACACUGGAAGCCAAAUACAAGACACUCAAAGCUAUAGACGUUAACCAGGCUUCUUAUGUUUUGUUUGAGGGUCGAAAAUCUCCUGAAUUUAUAUCUGUUAAUCCCGAUAAACCACUUUUUACAGACGAGGAGCUAGCAGCAAAGCGACAGGAGCUUGCGGACCAAGACGCUGCCGAGUUGCAGAAAGCUUUGGAUGAUCGCCGUAACAACGUCGUCAAGGACUGCGAUGUUGUUAUCCAGUCCAUUGAAGUGUUCCCGGAAGAUAUGAGAUCCAGCGAAGUACCUGAAGAAGCGACUGAUGCAGGCUCGAGGUCAUCAAACCCAAAGGUAAAAACAUUUUCACUGCAACCCUGA